AUGGAUGCCGAGUACGCCGACGAGAAGCCUCCCGCCAGUCGCCUGGCCGACGGCUCAAACGGCCAGAAUGGCUACGACUCGGACGACUCCGACGACGUGCCACUGGCGCUUCGUGCAACCAGGAAGAGCGCGCAGCCCAGCUUCGGCGCCCAGAUGCGGUCCAACGCGGCGACGCAGUCCUCAGACUCAGAUGAUGUGCCCUUGGGGCUCCGCGCAGCGCAGCAGACCAAGGCCAAAAAGGCGAAGCAGAUCCCGCGGCGCAACCCCGUGGGCAGUGCCCGCGCCCCGUCGGUUGGCAUCAAGCGGAAGAGCAGCCGCCAAGAGUCCGCACCAAGGCCGCGGUCGAGAGCCAGAAUGAGUUCCCAAUCCGAGGGGAAGAAAGGCGGGGACGGAAGCAAAUACAAGUGGGAGACGCUGGAGUGGAAUGGCGUCCUGUUCCCUCCGGAGUAUGAGCCGCACGGAGUGAAAAUGCUGUAUGAUGGUGUCCCUGUGGAUCUGACGCCCCAGGCCGAGGAAGUCGCGACAUUCUUCGCGGUCAUGCUGGACACCGACUAUGUGAAGAAGCCAACGUUCAUAAAGAAUUUCUGGGACGGAUUUCGACGCGUCCUGGGACCAAAGCACCCGAUAAAGGAAUUCAAGAAGUGUGACUUCGGGCCGAUCCACCAGUGGCAUCUGGCCCGAAAGGAGGAUAAGAAAGCGAUGUCAAAGGAGGAGAAAGCAAGGCUGAAGGAGAAAAAGAAUGAGGAUGAAGCAAAGUACAAGUUUGCCUAUGUUGAUGGCAGAAAGGAGCAGGUGGGCAACUUCCGCAUCGAGCCUCCUGGUCUGUUCAGGGGGCGUGGAGAGCAUCCAAAGAUGGGAUGUUUGAAGAGGAGGAUCUACCCACGGGAUAUCACGAUCAACAUUGGGAAGGGUGUCCCUGUGCCUGAUCACCCAUACCCAGGGCAGAGCUGGAAGGAGGUCAGGACUGACCAGACGGUCACAUGGCUCGCAUACUGGAAGGACCCUGUCAAUGUGAGAGAUUUUAAAUAUGUCUGGCUGUCUGCUAACAGCCACUUCAGGAUGGACAGCGACGAGGCAAAAUAUGAGAAGGCUCGCCUACUGAAGGACAAGGUGGGAGCGAUAAGAGCCCAAUACAGGGCGGAUUGGAUGUCCAAGAAGUGGGCAACGAGGCAGAUGGCCACUGCCCUUUACUUCAUAGACAAGCUGGCAUUGCGGGCGGGUCAUGAGAAAGACGACGAUGAGGCAGACACUGUGGGCUGCUGCAAUCUCAAGGUGGAGAAUGUGGAGUGCAUCAACCCUAACAAAAUCAAGUUCGACUUCUUGGGAAAAGACUCCAUCAGAUAUGAGAAUGUUGUAGAGGUGGAGCCUGCGGUGUAUGAGAAUGUCAAACGAUUCUGCAGGGCGGACGAAAAUGGCGCUCCCAAGAGCCCCGCAGCACAGCUGUUUGAUAGCUUCGAUGCAGUCGCUCUGAAUGCACAUUUGAAGCAGCUCAUGCCAGGGCUGUCUGUCAAGGUGUUUCGCACAUACAACGCGUCAAUUACUCUUGAUGAUUUGCUGUGCACACCGGACGAUGCUGGUGACAAAUCUUUCAAGUCAGUGCUUGAGCUGCCACUUCCAGAGCGGAAGGCUGCAUAUCACAGUGCAAACAAGCAGGUUGCAGUUCUGUGCAAUCAUCAGAAAGCAGCUGCCAAAGGCUUUGAUGACCAGAUGAAGAAGCUUCAGUUGCAGAUAGAAGGCCUAAACAAGGACCUUGAGGAGCUGCAGGCUGAGCUGGACGAAGCAAAGGAUUCGGGUGAUGUGAAAAAAGUAGACAGGCUCAAGAAGAGGGUGGAGGCCAAGGAAACUGCGAUACGAAAUAAAGAUGUCCAGGCACGGACCAAAGAGGAGAAUAAGAAUGUUGCACUUGGAACCUCUAAAAUUAAUUACAUGGACCCUCGCAUCACAGUUGCUUGGUGCAAACGCAAUGAGGUACCAAUCGAGGCUGUGUUCACAAAGGCCUUGAUGCACAAGUUCAGUUGGGCGAUGGAGAGCACAAUGUGGUACAGAUUCUGA